AUGGACACAGAAAGAUCAAUAGAAGACCAAUUCUCCAAGCUACAUCCCUCUUUACCAGAAAACACGAGAAUCGGAAUAAUCGGUGCCGGUCCAAGUGGCUUAUCAGCUGCUUAUGCAUUAGCCAGACUUGGUUAUAAGAAUGUUACAGUUUUGGAGAAGCAUCACACAGUUGGUGGCAUGUGUGAAUCAGUAGAAAUUGAAGGAAAUGUUUAUGAUUUGGGAGGACAAGUUCUCGCUGCAAGCAGUGCUCCGGUCAUCUUUCACUUGGCGAAAGAGACAGGUUCAGCCUUCGAAGAAAUGGAUUCUCACAAGCUUGCUGUUGUUGAUCCUUCAUCAGGAGAAUAUCAUGAUAUUAAAGUUGCUGAUGAUUAUGUAUCUGUUAUGUCACUUACAUUGGAAAUACAAGAAAAAGUGAAGAAUUGUGGUCGAAUUGGGGUUCAUGCUGUUAGCGACAUUGCUUCGGACUUAACUCCGGAGUAUCUAGAGUGUCAUGGACUCAAAUCUGUUCCUAAAUCUGUAGCUUAUGGUUACACUGCUUCGGGGUAUGGGUUUGUUCAAGACACGCCUUAUGCAUACCUUCAUGAAUUUACUCGAACGUCAAUGGCUGGAAAAAUUCGACGAUUUAAAGGUGGAUAUACAAGUCUUUGGAAGAAGAUUGCUGAAUCACUUCCUUUGAGACUUAUAUGCAACACUGAAGUAUUGUCAAUCAAGCGAUACUCAGACAGGGUCGUGGUUUGUAUCAAGAACAUAAAUGUAGUUGACUCAUUGGAAUUCGAUAAGAUCAUAAUUUCUGGUUCAUUUCCAUUAAACUAUGGAAAAAUUUACGGAUCGCCUUCUACUUUCAUAGAAUGCGAAAAAGAAGUAAUGGAUGCAACUGACCUUGAAAAGGAUUUAUUCAGCAAAGUCGAGACAAAUGAUUACUACACCACUGCUUUGAAGAUCAAAGGGCUAGAACAUUUUCCUAUUGGAUUUUAUUAUUUUAGUAAAUAUAUGGAAGAUCCCAGCACAAUUGGAAAUCCAGUAGCAAUGCAGAAAUUUUAUGAUGACAGUAAUAUAUUCUUGUUCUGGUCCUAUGGAAACUCGGUUGAUAUUAAGGGACCGACUGUCAAGGAGCUUGCAAUGAAGACAGUAGAAGCAAUGGGAGGAGAAGUCGAGAGUUUCAUUCUUCAACGUUGCUUUAAAUAUUUUCCUCACGUUAGCAGCCAAGAUAUGAAAGAAGGAUUCUAUGAAAAGUUGGAGUCGGAGCUUCAAGGAUCAAAUCAUACUUAUUAUGUAGGUGGGCUUAUGGCAUUUGAGCUUACAGAAAGGAACUCAUCUUAUGCCAUGGCUCUAAUUUGCAAGAACUUUGCCAAUAGAAAUGAUUUGCCAACAUUUCCUUACACUAAGAAUUUGUUUCCCUUACAAACUGAGCUACAAAAGAAGAACCCUAGAGAAUUAGAUGAAUUGCCAGAAGUGAAAUUUCCUAAUUUGCCUACAUUGAAUAGCUACUUAAAGUACUGGGGGACUCAUCCAAUCACUCAAAAUAGGACUCUUUAUACAUGGAUUAAUGAAGAAGGGAAUCCGGUGAGCCGCAGGACCUUUGGAGAACAACAUUUUUAUUCUUCUUGUGUUGCUCAUAAGCUCUUGACAAGCCAAAAGCCAGUUAUCAAGCCCGGUGACCGAGUUCUCCUCAUCUACAUCCCCGGUUUAGAUUUUGUAGAUGCGUUCUUUGGAUGCAUAAGAGCUAAAGUCUUACCAGUUCCAAUUAUUCCCCCGGAUCCUAUGCAAAGAAGUGGACAGGCUUUAAUGAAAAUUGAAAGUGUUGCAAAAUCAUGUGGCAUUGUCGCGAUUUUGUCAACAAAAGCUUAUCACUCAGCCGUCCGUGCAGGUUCAUUGAAAAAUUUACUAUCACUGAAAAAUGGGAAGUCAUCCGGCUGUUGGCCAAAUCUUCCGUGGUUGCAUACUGAUGCCUGGGUUAAGAAUUCUAAGAACAUUGUUUUGGAGCAUCUUGAUGAUCAAAACGAACCACAUCCUGACGAUACAUGUUUCUUGCAAUUUACCUCGGGAUCAACUGGUGAUGCUAAAGGAGUCAUGAUAUCUCAUGGAGGACUAAUUCAUAAUGUGAAGUUGAUGCAAAGCAGAUACAAAAGUACCUCGAGGACUAAACUGGUAAGUUGGCUUCCUCAGUAUCAUGAUAUGGGGCUUAUUGGAGGACUCUUUACCUCUCUUGUUAGUGGUGGAUCUGCGAUUUUAUUUUCACCAAUGACAUUUAUCAAGAAGCCAAUGUUAUGGCUUGAAAUCAUCAGCAAGUAUCAAGCAACUCAUAGUGCCGGCCCUAACUUUGCCUUCGAGUUACUGAUUCGAAGAUUAGAGUCUGACAAGGAUAAGAUUCGGAACUUAGAUCUUUCAUCUUUGGUUUUUCUUAUGGUUGCGGCUGAACCAGUGAGACAGAAGACCUUGAAAAGAUUCAUUGAAUUAACAACUCCUUUCGGCUUAUCUCAAAAGGUGAUGGCUCCUGGAUACGGCUUGGCAGAAAAUUGUGUGUUUGUAAGCUGUGCAUUUGGAGAAGGUAAGCCUAUUAUUGUUGAUUGGCAGGGAAGAGUUUGUUGUGGGUAUGUUUGUUCAGCGGAUAAAGAUAUCGACAUUAGAAUUGUUGAUCCAGACAGUUGCGAAGAGUUUCGUGAAGACGGGACGGAGGGAGAAAUCUGGAUUAGUAGUCCAAGUGCAGGAGUAGGAUACUGGGGAAGGGAAGAAUUGAGUCAGAAAACUUUCAGGAAUGAACUUACAAAUCAUCCCGGACGUAACUACACUAGAACCGGAGACUUGGGACGAAUAAUAGAUCAGAAGCUAUUCAUCACUGGAAGAAUCAAGGAUCUUAUCAUUGUUGCAGGAAGAAACAUUUACUCAUCUGACGUGGAAAAGACAAUUGAGACUUCAUCUGAAUUUCUUCGUCCUGGUUGCUGUGCUGUCAUUGGUGUCCCUGAGGAAAUUCUAUCAGCAAAAGGGAUUUCCAUUCCAGAUGGCUCUGAUCAGGUUGCCUUGGUUGUGAUUGCAGAAGUAAGGGAUGGUAAGCCAGUUAGCAAAGAUGUGAUCGACAACAUAAAGAUGCGUGUGGCAGAAGAACAUGGAGUUAGUCUUGCUUCAGUCAAGUUGAUAAAGCCUAGAACCAUCAGCAAAACAACAUCGGGAAAGAUCAAGAGAUUUGAAUGUAUCAAACAAUUUACAGACGAGACACUGCACUUGGUACCUCUACGUACAAAACCUAUGAUGACAAAGAAAUCUAAGGUAUGGUCAUUUACUACAUCAACAUGCAGAGCAGAAAAACCAUUCCAGCUCCAGCUAGUAAAAAGUGCACCUGCAGAUAGUAAGAGGAUCAAUAAAAAUGACAUUGUAGAGUUUCUGAAAGUUCUUAUUUCUGAGCAGACUGGAGUACCAAUCAACAACGUCUCAGUCACAGACAACCUCACAUCCUACGGAAUUGACUCAAUUGGUGUCGUUAAAGCAACUAAGAAACUCUCAGAUUUUCUUGGAACACCAGUUGCAGCUAUUGAUGUUUUCACUGCAUCGUGCAUCCUUGAAUUGGCUAGCUUCUCAGAGGAUCUUCUGUCAAAGACUCAGCCUCAGAUAGUGAGAAGUAUACCUGUCCCUGUUAAAAGGAUCAACAAGAACGACAUCGUAGAGUUUUUGAAAGUGCUUAUCUCUGAGCAGACUGGAGUACCAAUUGACAACGUCUCAAUCACAGACAACCUGACAUCGUAUGGAAUCGACUCAAUUGGUGUGGUUAAAGCAACUCAAAAACUCUCAGAUUUUCUUGGAACACCAGUUGCAGCAAUAGAUGUUUUCACUGCGUCAUGCAUUCAAGAAUUGGCUAACUUCUCGGAAGAUCUUCUAUCAAAAACUCAGACUCAGCUUUCAAACAAUCCAUCCGAGGUUCUAGAAGUGGAAAUUGAUUCAACUGAAUCAGUUGUGGAGGUGUCCAAGUCUCGCCAGUUGGGUAUCCGUUUACUUCAAUUCCUGGCUCUUAUUUAUAUAUCAAUCAUGCUGGCUUCUCCUGCCUAUCUAUCCGUAACUUCUUUUUUAAACUCCAGCCUGUGUGCCAAUAAAUCAGUAGCUGGAGUUCCUUGGUCAAAUUACAUAAUUUCGCUGGUUUUUGCACCUCUUGCUUGGAUACUUUGCAUUGCUUCUACUUGCAUUUGCAUUUCAGUGUUUGGAAGUUCAUUAUUGGGUCUAAACUAUGAACUUACCUCUGACAUCUCCAUCUAUUCAAUGGAUUUUGUCAAGUGGUGGGCAUUAUAUAAGACUCAAGAAAUUUCCUCUAAAAUUUUGGCAACACAUCUCAGAGGAACAGUGUUUCUGAACUAUUGGUUUGAGAUGUUGGGUGCAAGAAUUGGAUCAUCAGUUCUUCUUGACACAGUUGACAUCACAGACCCGGCUCUGGUGUCAAUCGGAGACGAAGUUGUUGUUGCAGAAGGUGUUUUGGUUCAAAGCCAUGAGGUAAAGAAAGGAGUUCUAAGUCUCCACCCCAUUAGGAUUGGAAAUUGUUCUUCUAUUGGACCUUAUGCUGUUGUUCAAAAAGGAAGUGUUGUUGGAGAAAGUGUUGAAGUACAGGCUUUGCAAAAGGUUGGCGGAGGUGAACAUGUGCUAAAGCCAAAUAACCUUGACAAUAUUGAUAAGAAUGCAGAUCUUCCUGUUAUUAACAGCAAAACUCAAUAUGAUACCAUCUACCACUUUAUGGGGAUCUAUCUUGUUGGUUUUCUCUCAUCACUUGCUGCAGCCAUUACAUAUUUCUUAUAUAUCAAAUUCUCCAAGCAUCCUCCAUCACUCCAACACUUUUCAUUUGUUUGCAUAUGCGGCGCUUUUCACUGGAUCCCGUUUACCGUCAUUGCAUAUGCUUCCAUGUUCCAUGAUAUCCCAACAAACCCCAUCACCUUUGCCAUUUCGUUUACCAGCGCCUACUUUCUUCAUAGUCUCAUGCUCAUCACUCUCAGCGCAGUUCUUACUCGUCUUCUCAUACUUAACCAAAACCAAACCGAAUUCAAAACCUGGCUUCAAUGCCGAAUAAACAUUUCUUGCCACCUUAGAUGUGCUAAGCUUCUCUCUGGAACAGAAGCCUUCUGCGUAUAUUUACGCCUUAUGGGAGCAAAAAUUGGCAAGCAUUGUUCCAUUAGAGCCAUCAACUCAGUUUCAAAUCCAGAGUUAAUGUCAAUUGGCGCCGGAGUCCAUCUCGGAGAUUUUAGCAAAAUGAUUACAGGGUUUCAUUCUUCCAACGGAUACACUCGUGGAAAAAUCGAAGUUCAAGAUAACUCGGUUAUUGGAAGUCAAAGCCUAAUUCUCCCUGGUUCUCUCAUCCAAAAGAAUGUGAUCCUUGGUGCACUUUCAAUAGCUCCAAUGAAUUCUAUACUCCAAGAGGGUGGUUUAUAUAUCGGUUCACAAUCCCAUAUAGCUAACUUAACUUCACCGUUGCACAAACAAGAAUCACCAAAAGUAACUUUCACAUUGACAAGGAAAUGGUAUCAAACCUUAUCAUCACUUUUCAUUCAGCCAUUUUUACAAACAGUUUUACCUCAUAUCUUAUUAGGAUUAUCAAUUUAUGCUCCUUUGAACUUGGUUUUCCACCUAAAGAACACCAAUAAAGUUCCAAUCUUUUGGCUACUUCCUUUGAUAUGGAUCCUCUCAGGUACUAUGGCUGCAUUAACAUGUGUUAUAGCCAAAUGGGUUCUUAUUGGAAGAAAGAAAAAUGGCGAAAAAGUAGCUAUAUGGAGUAAAAGCAUAAUCUUGGAUAGUACAUGGCAAGCUAUAAGAACAUUAACUGGUGAUUAUUUCAUGGAAAUGACAUGUGGGUCAUUUAUGUUUGUGAAAUGGAUGAAGAUGAUGGGUGUUGAUGUAGACAUGGAUGAUGGUGAUGUUUAUGUUGAUAGCAUGGGAGCAUUGUUGAACCCUGAGAUGGUUAAGAUAGAGAGAGGUGGUUGUGUGGGAAAAGAAGCAUUGUUGUUUGGACAUAUAUAUGAAGGCGAUGAAGGGGGGAUGGUGAAGUUUGGAGAGAUUAAGGUUUGUGAAGAUGGGUUUGUUGGGAGUAGGGCUAUGGUUAUGCCUGGUGUGAGAUUGGAGAAUGGGGCUAAUGUUGGUGCUUUGUCACUUGUAAUGAAAGGAGAAGUUGUUAGGUCAAGGUGA